AUGUCAUCCGAUAUUGAAGUAACAGAGGUCAGACGUGUCCCAUCGGCAUUUACUUAUAAAAGAUCCGCAAAAAAUGGAGUCAUUCUAAACUUCCAGCCAUCUAGUCAGGUUCGCUUCGAGCCAACAAACGGAAGUGGAGAUUGCCGACCAGGCGGGAAACUAGUUUUUAAAAUAGCAGACGACAAGCGCUUCUGGCUCGUUAAUGAAACGCUGCACAAAUAUCGUGUAGUCGGCUUAAAAGCAGAUGGUUUGCCAGCAGUAGCAGUUAAUGCUGACUACAGGCUCUGUCAAUCUGGAACUGAUGCUGUAUGGAAACGUCAAUCUCUCCUGAUUAAUGGAAGGAUCAUUGAAGAUCUCAAUGACUAUAAUUUGUUCACUGUGCAUGAAAAUGCCUUAACAUCAUGGGAAACCAAACAACAUCUAGGCCAAUGCGAGUAUUAUUCAAGUGAGGAUAACAACCGUUCAGCAGUGGUCGCUCAAAACAACGCAUACACCGUUACCGGGUCAUUGCUAUCAUUCUUUCAAAAUGAAGUGGCUUUUCCUCUCUGUCUUGUGAAAGGAGGAGUAAGCCUGGAGAUGACCGCCGAGACAGACCUUUCCAAAAUAUUCCCAAAAUCCACAGGGAUUACGUCCUUCAAAGUAGAACAAAACAAAUUAAUAUGUCAGUUUGCUGAACCGGUCAAGGCUUACUAUGAUAAAGUGCUUGCUUUGAUGCAGGCUGAGGAUCCUACACCCCUGACUAUCCCCACUCAAAUAGUAUGGAGUCAAGAAUUUGCAGGACAAGAUAGAAUGGAACGGUUCCCACAAGGGAAGGCUAUUGGACAUGGCUCUGAGAAAACAGGAUUUGUCUCUACUAUUGACCCUGAGAUGUAUGCAUUGAGUCAACGUAACAAGGAUUUCAAUGAUGUGAAGUUUGCGCCCACUAUGUCUGAUUUGAAAGGAUGGGAUCUAGGAGGCAAAAAGAUAAAACAUUGGUCAUGGAGACAAAAUUUCAAGCAAACCCCAGACAUGAUUGGCAGCGGUCUUCAGACUCUAGCCGAUGGACGAAUUUUAAUCAAUGUUUCUCAAUAUCCAAAUCCUCCAGAAACAGCCGAUUUCCCAAGCGAAACUAUAACUACAGGAACCGGAGAUUCACAAACGACAUCGCCUAACCCCGCUUACAUUCCUACAUUCAAGAACAAGAUGUUUCAUGUAUUUUGGACUACUGAUCAUGUGAUGAGCAUCGACAAAGAUGGUAUUAGAUUGGUUCCGGCAUAG